AUGGCUACCGUCGUUAUCAUACCUGGCUCUUUCGCGAAGCCCUCACUCUACGAACAUCUCGUUCAAAGUCUCGCUCGCGAUGGCAUACAAUCCGAGAUUGUCGACUUACCUUCUGUCGGUCGAAAGGAGGGUAAAGCCCCUGCUACCCUGAGCGAUGACGUUGAUGAAAUCGCUUCUGUCGUGGAGAAAAUACUAGACGAGGACAAAGAAGUCAUCUUGCUGGCCCAUUCAUACGGUGGCAUACCGGCUACUCAAAGCCUGGAAACACUUUCACAGAAAGCGCGACAAUCCCAGGGGAAGAAGAGCGGCGUCACCAAGAUCGUUUACCUUGCUGCGGUGGCGCUACCCGUCGGCGGAUCCGUCCUGGCAUUGCUAACUGCCCCAGACUAUCUCAUAAUCGAGGCAAGUUCACCUUUCUUUCAUAACGAGGAUGAUUACAUGACCCUCACACCUGAAUGCGCACCCUUCAUCUACUCAGAAUCACCACCUGAAGAAGCUCUCAAGCUGGCAAGAGAACUACCACAGCACUCGACGGCUUCAUACAGAGAUCAACUUACAUAUGCUGGCUACAAAGAUGCCGAGGUGCAUUACAUAAUCUGUGAACAAGACAAACUUGUUUUCCCAGAGUACCAAUUUGGUAUGCUUGAGUUACUCAAAGGCAUGACGAAUGGCAAAGUUGGGGUUCAUAAGAUCCAGAGCGGACAUGCACCUCAUCUCAGCCAGCCUGACAAUCUCACCAAAAUAAUCAGGCAGAUCGUAGAAGAGAAGUAA